AUUACCUUUCCCAACUCUCUACUCUCUCUUCUACAAUGGCAACAGCCCUGAGCUGCUCAGCCGCCGAACUAGGCCAACAACUCGUCGGAGCCACCAAUUCAACCGCCGCGGCCGAUUACAUCUGCGGUCUCUUUGGUGAAGUACAGAACAAAUUUACUGACACAAGUUAUGCUAUCGACUCCACAUACCUCCUCUUCUCCGCCUACCUUGUCUUCUCCAUGCAACUCGGUUUCGCCAUGCUCUGCGCUGGUUCAGUCCGUGCCAAAAACACCAUGAACAUUAUGCUCACCAAUGUCCUUGACGCCGCCGCCGGUGGCCUAUUCUACUACCUCUUCGGUUAUGCCUUCGCCUUUGGAGAACCUUCCAAUGGUUUCAUCGGCCGUCACUUCUUCGGCCUGAAUAACUUCCCCACCAAAGGUUAUGACUUUAGUCACUUCUUGUACCAAUGGGCAUUCGCCAUCGCUGCCGCCGGCAUUACCAGUGGUUCCAUAGCAGAGCGAACCCAAUUCGUCUCUUAUCUUAUAUACUCCGGUUUCCUCACGGGUUUCGUUUAUCCUGUUGUCUCUCACUGGAUCUGGUCCACUAAUGGUUGGGCCAGUGCUUUUAAAGCUGAUAACUUAUUACUCGGUUCUGGGGUCAUCGAUUUCGCCGGCUCCGGCGUCGUUCACUUGGUCGGAGGGGUUGCUGGUCUCUGGGGAGCACUAAUCGAAGGUCCACGUAUCGGCAGGUUCGACCAUGCCGGCAGAUCUGUGGCCAUGCGGGGACACAGUGCUUCUUUAGUCGUUCUGGGUACUUUCAUGCUCUGGUUCGGUUGGUAUGGAUUCAACCCAGGUUCGUUUCUGCAAAUCCUAAAGCCUUACAGUACCGGAACAUUUUACGGUCAAUGGAGCGCUGUGGGACGGACGGCAGUGACGACGACAUUGGCAGGUUGUACGGCGGCGCUCACUACCUUGUUUGGGAAACGAUUGAUGUCUGGUCACUGGAACGUCACCGAUGUCUGUAAUGGGCUUUUGGGUGGAUUUGCAGCAAUCACCGCCGGUUGCUCUGUUGUAGAGCCAUGGGCGGCAAUAAUUUGUGGGUUCGUGGCCGCUUGGGUCUUGAUUGGUUGUAAUAAGCUUGCAGAGAAGUUUAAGUACGAUGACCCACUUGAGGCGGCGCAGCUGCACGGAGGUUGUGGGGCAUGGGGGAUUAUAUUUACAGCUCUGUUCGCAAGGGAAGCUUAUGUUAAUGAGGUUUAUGCGGAAGGGAGACCUUAUGGGUUGUUAAUGGGUGGUGGUGGAAAGCUUUUGGUUGCUCACAUUAUUCAGAUUCUGGUGACUGUUGGUUGGGUGAGUGUCACCAUGGGUCCUCUGUUUUAUGUUCUUCAUCGGUUGAAGCUGUUGAGGAUAUCUGCAGAGGACGAGAUGGCAGGGAUGGAUCAGACACGGCACGGCGGUUUAGCUUAUGUGUAUAAUGAAGAGGAUGAUUGGACGAUGAAGCAGGGGAAUAUGUUUAGAAAAGUGGAACCCACCAUUAACAAUGGAUCAUCAGCUGUUGUAUGAUAUGAUCGUUAAAGCAUUUAAUAUUUUCUAUUUUUUUU